GGAGCUAAGUCAGAAGAGGAAGCACCAAGCUAAGGCGUGUCUGCCAGAGAAGUCCCCAGAACAAGCUGAUUAGGAGCUGAAGAACCCCCAGCUGAGCCGAGGCCUCCAAGGAGCCAAGUGGACAUGCUGGGCCGGCACCCCCUGCUACUCAUCCUAACUGGACUGCUCUCCCUGGGAUGUGCCCUGACUCAGUGGUGUACCAAGGACAAAGUGAACUCCUGUCAGGACUGCAUCAGGUCAGGGCCUGGCUGCGCCUGGUGCCAGAAGCUGAACUUCACAGGCCAAGGGCAGCCAGAGUCUCUCCGCUGUGACACCUCGGAGCAACUGUUGUUAAGGGGCUGCACAUCUGAGUACCUCGUGGACCCCAAGAGCCUUGCUGAAUCCCAGGAGGACAAGGACAGGGACCAGAGGCAGCUGUCCCCACAAAAUGUGACGCUUUACUUAAGACCAGGGCAAGCGGCAGCAUUCAACGUGAGCGUCCAGAGGACCCAGGACAACUCUGUUGACCUGUACGUCUUGAUGGCCAUCUCUGACUCCACGCAAGACCAUCUUUCCAAUGUCCAGACACUGGGCAGUGACCUGCUCCAAGCCCUCAAUGAGAUCACCAGAUCAGGCCAUAUUGGUUUCGGAUUCAUCAGGAACAUGACCUUCCAGCACAUCCUGAAGCUGACCGAUGACUCCGGUCAGUUUCAGAAGGAACUGGCGAAGCAACUGGUUUCUGGAAGCCUGGAUACUCCCAAGGGACAGCUGGAUGCUAUGGUGCAAGUCGCCACGUGCCUGGGAGAAAUUGGUUGGCGCAAUGGGACACGGUUUCUGGUGCUCAUCACAGACAACGAUCUCCACUUGGCUAAAGAUAAGAGUCUGGGUACCAGACUGAAUCCCAGUGAUAGUCACUGUCACUUGGAAGAUGGCGUGUUCAAGAGCAGAAGAGAACCUGACAACCAUUCAGUGCUCCAGCUGGCAAGGAAACUGGCUGAAAACAACAUCCAGCCCAUUGUCAUGGUGCCCUCGAGGAUGGUGAAAACACAUGAGAGACUCACCUCCAGGGUCUUCCUGGACCACACCACCAUCCCCAACACCCUGAAAGUCACCUACAACUCCUUCUGCAGUAACGGGGCAUCAAGUACAGGCAAAUCCAGAGGAGAGUGUGACGGUGUGCAGAUCAACGACCAGGUCACCUUCCAGGUCACUGUCAUGGCUUCAGAGUGCAUUCAGAAGCAGGCCUUUGUCAUCCAGGCCCUAAGCUUCACUGAUACGGUGACUGUGCAGGUCCUUCCCCAGUGUGAGUGCCGGUGCCGGGACCCGAGUCAGAAGCACGGCCUCUGUGGAGGCAAGGGUGUCAUGGAAUGUGGUGUCUGCAGGUGCAACUCUGGCUACACAGGGAAAAACUGUGAGUGCCAGACGCAGGGCCAGAGCAGCCAGGAACUGCAGAGAAGCUGCCAGAAAGACAACAGCUCCCUUGUAUGCUCAGGAUUGGGAGACUGCAUCUGUGGGCGGUGUGAGUGCCAUACCAGUGACGACCCCAACAAAGUGAUCUUUGGGCAGUACUGUGAGUGUGACAAUGUGAACUGUGAAAGAUACAAUGGCCAAGUCUGCGGUGGUCCACAGAGGGGCUCCUGCUUCUGUGGCCAGUGCUUUUGCAGGCGAGACUUUGAGGGCUCAGCCUGCCAGUGUUGGAAAUCCACUGAGGGCUGUCUGAGCAAAAACCUGCUACUGUGCAAUGGCCAUGGCCGCUGCCGCUGCAACAGCUGUGAGUGUGACCCCGGCUACUAUCCACCACUGUGUGAGGAGAGCUCUGCUGCUCCUCCUUCUCCUGCUGCCUUCUCGCGCUGCCACAAGUACAUCUCCUGUGCCAAGUGCUUAAAUCUCAGCAAUGGAGCACCUUGCUUCUGGGAGUGUAUGAAUCUGUUGAGUUCAGAAUUUCAUCGCAAGAACUGCAGUGAACAGGAUGCAGAGGGCUGCUGGACAACCUACACUGUGCGCCAGCGAGACCGGAGAAGCAUCUAUUCCAUCUAUGUAGAGGAGAGCCGAGAGUGUCCCAGUGUCACCACCAUUGUGGUAGGCAUUGCAGUGGGUGUCCUGCUGCUUGCUGUUCUCCUAUUGGUCUUGUGGAUAAUCUACCUGAAGAAAACCCAGAAGGUCAAGCUUUCCAGAAUGGGUGGGGUUCAGCGCAUGCUGGACCAGCAAGAGCCUCAUCUUCAAGAACAGCACCAUAAGGAAUUACCAUGGUGGCAUCAGGAGAGACGGGAGACCUGAUGAAGAUAAGGCAUCAGGACCAACCAGAAAAAACCCACCAACCACACCUCCACACUAUAACCAACCAGCAAAUGGCUUAUACUCCCCAAAAUCACCAACACAAAAGCUGGCUUUAUUUGUUCCCAUAGCGACCAAGAUGCCAGAUCUUCAGUGGACUUCUUUCUAAGGACAGCCCCCUCUUCAAUCAUUCAUAAAACUUUGAGGAAAAAAAUAAACUUCCUAAGUCUUAGGAG